AAUGAGACCAUCUUAAGGAAAAAAAAUAAAAUAGGACGAUUCCGACAAUAAAUUUAGAGAUAAAAUCUAUCGUUCUAUGUAUCCAUCUCCAUGUUCUUCAUAGUAAAGAUUUAAUUUCGAAAUUGUAGUGAUCCCAAUAAAUGGCUACAAAAUAAUGACAUUUCAUGGUUGUCUCAUUCAAUAGAAUAGGACAUUGAUAAAAUCUUACAAAUUGCAGUCCCUUAACCUCUUAAACCAUAAAAUAAUAGAAGAGCAAGUGCAAAUGAUAUUAGAGAGGAGGUUGAUGACAAAAUAGGUAAAUAAAAGAGAAAUACAUGGUAUGUUGACACUCAACAUGAAGAUUAACCAAAAAAUAGCAAAUUGAAAAUUAAUAUGAGUUCAAUUAUUUGUGAAUUCCCAAUUUAAAAAGUUUCGCGGUAAUCAAAUUCAGAACAGCCAAAAACACCAAAUGGUCAAAAAUCAUUUAUGGAAGCUAUUAUUUAGAAGUAUUAACAACAAAAUGAUCAACAAUAAGAUGAUUAAUUUGAAAAAGAAAAAUAGUAUUUAUUCUAAAAUGAUAAAAAAUCUCAAAUCUUGGAUCCUCAAAUUAAAGAAGAUGAAAUAAAUGAAAAUAUUAAAAAUGAUGAACAACAAAGUAUAAACUCUUCCUAAUAAGAAAAUAUUUAAAAGAAAAAAAAUCAUUCAAAGCCAAAAAGGGGGGGGAGAAAAAAGAAAACUAAUUAACCUUUGCCUAAAAAGAAAUCAAGAUAAACAAAAAAAUAAGCCCGAAUACUCCCGCUACCUUAAAAAACUGAAACUGAAUUUUAUUAAGAAAAAACAAAAUAAAUUAGACCAUCAUAAACUCUAGACUAACCGAUAUUCAAUACAUAAUAAAGUUGGGCAAGAAUGUCAUUACGUAAAGAAGCCAAAAAAUAUCAGAAAUAUUAAACUUAAGAAUUUAAAGAUUUAUUACGUUCAUUACCAGGAUGCUUUAUCCAUAAAAGUGAAGGAGAUUUGAAAAUAGAUAAGAUUAGACCAAUGUAAAAUGUAAAAAGAAAGUAUUUUUAAUCAUUUGAAAUGUGGAUAAAUCCUUAAGUAUUGAUAGGUCCAAUAAAUUUAAAUACUUCAGUUAAAUUAGUAAAAAAAAUUUCUAAUCUUAGCACGUAAGAUUUAAAAAAGGGUAUUCUGGACAUGUCUUCUGUGAUAGUAUGCUUUCUGAAACUCUACCAUUAAAUUAAGUAGACGGAAAAACAUUUCAUAAAUAAAAAUUAAUACUUGCUAAUAAUUCUGAUCAUGUGAUAAAAUUGAUUUGCUGUUCAGUAAAUAUUACAAUUAGAGGUCCUUAAAAAAGACGUAAAUGA